AUGGCGGCACCUCUCGGACGGGACACCCUACCUGACCACUGGUCGUAUGGAGUUUGUAGAGAUGGCCGGGUAUUCUUUAUUAAUGAUAAAACUCAUAGCACUACUUGGCUACAUCCACGCACUGGUGAGCCGGUUAACUCGGGACACAUGAUCCGGUCAGACUUGCCAAGAGGAUGGGAAGAAGGCUUCACGGACGAAGGAGCCAGCUACUUCAUCAACCACAACCUGAGGGCUACAUCGUUUCGGCAUCCUGUGACUGGACAGAUUUCCCCCGAAAACACAGAAUACACACUACAAGACAGGAUAGAGUCCCGUAUGUCCAAGUCAGCAGCCCACCAGAGAUCCCCCAGUAUGGUCACAGGGUCCUCCAAGGCAGUGACCUCGGCAGCAGCAGAUGCCACCUCAGGGUCAAAGGGCUCCAGAGUUACGGGGAAAGUACACAGUUUUGGCAAGCGGGAUCAUGCUAUUAAAAGAAACCUCAACAUCCCAGUGGUGGUGAGAGGCUGGCUCUAUAAACAGGACAGCUCUGGAAUGCGACUGUGGAAACGGAAGUGGUUUGUUUUGUCGGACUACUGCUUGUUUUACUACAAAGACAGCCGAGAGGAGACAGUGCUCGGUAGCAUCCCUCUCCCCAGUUAUGUCAUCGCACCAGUUGAGCCUGAUGACCACAUAAACCGCAAAUACGCUUUCAAGGCGAGCCACACAGGAAUGCGCUCCUACAUUUACAAUAAGAACUCUGUGAUUGGCUCACAGGCAGAACACUGCGGGAUGCGGACAUAUUUCUUCAGUGCGGACACACAGGAGGACAUGAAUGGCUGGAUCCGGGCCAUGAACCAGGCUGCGCUAAUGCAGCAGAGUCACACUAUAAAGAGAGAGGUGGAGAAGGCGGAGAAGGCUGCACAGCAAGCAGUUCCACAGACCAACCAUGUCCACAUCAACCAGAACUCAUCUCAGUCAGAAAGCCUUCAUAGGACAGACAGAGAGGAACCUCACGAUAACGGUAUCAGACUGGCUCAUGGAGAUGAGGUGAGGUAUGGAUUAGAGGUCCAAGGGAGGCCCAGCCAGUCAGCCACAGAGGAAAGAGCAGAGAGACUCUCUCCAAACUCUGUCAAUGGUGCCGCCCACAAGAACGAACAGCAAACUGUAAUCCAAGUGACUCUGCCGCCGGAACAAAAUGGAAAUCUUGUCUAUCAGAGGGGCUUUGUUUCGCAGGCAGGCACUGAGAAACAUGUGCAGAGGAAGAAUACACUGGCUCAGGUGGAGCAGUGGGUCAAAGUUCAAAAAGGGGAUCCAAUCAAGAGUGCUCCCUCUGCUGAGUACAACCUCCCCCGGCGGACUCCUCCCUUAAAGCCCAAAGCCAGCACAGUGGAUGCCACCUAUCAGUCGUUGCCAAAGUCUCCACGUCUCCCGCCUGACAGCAACUCUCCUCCAGCAACAUGCAACCUGCCCAGUGACUACAAGUAUGCUCAUGACCGGCUCAGCCACUUCCGCAUGUCCACCGAUGAGCGAAUGGCCACCAAGGAGGGAAUGGUGUGGCAGCUGUAUGAGUGGCAGCAGCGGCAGCAGUUCCGUCACGGCAGCCCCACCGCUCCUGUCUACUCUGGGCCUAACUUCACAGACUCUUCAUCUUUACGAGUUACGGUGGAGAUGCCACGCUCCAUCUCUGUCCCCCCAUCUCCGUGUGAAGUCCCACCGUCUGUCCCCUCCUCAUUCAAACCCCUGUCCCCUCGCAGGCCACACACUCCUUCAGACAGACGCACAGUCAGGCCCCUGGAUGAAGUGUUAACCGGGGACAGCACAAGAUCCAGCUCACCAAGCCAUAUCUGUGCCCAUCUUUCACAGACAUCCCAAAUGGAGAGACGGUCGAUGCCAGCCAUGGGCUACAUCACACAUACUGUCAGUGCACCUAGCUUACAUGGCAAAACGGCUGAUGAUACUUACAUACAACUGAAGAAGGACCUGGAGUAUCUAGAUCUGAAGGUUACUGGACGAGAGAGUUUAAAAAAAGAAAGACCAUCCAGGCCUGUGAAAAUAGCAGAAAGUGAUGCUGAUGUGAAAUUAAGUCGACUGUGUGAACAAGACAAGAUUCUCCAGGAGCUGGAGGCCAGGAUACGCACUUUGAAGGAGGACAAGGAUAAGCUAGAGUCUGUGCUGGAUGUUUCCCACCAGCAGAUGGAGCAGUACAGGGAUCAGCCGGCCCAUGCUGAGAAGAUUGCCUAUCAGCAGAAAUUACUACAAGAAGAUGUGGUGCACAUCAGGGCUGAAAUAUCCCAAGCCUCCACAGAGAUGGAGAACGCAUGGAAUGAGUACAGCCAGCUGGAGAGAGAUGUGGACUGGCUGAAGUCUGCCCUGCAGGGACAGAUGAACCGCAGUGAUCUUUCUCAGCAAGAAAAGGUGCAGAUCAGAAAGGAGCUGUGGAGGAUUGAGGAUGUUAUCGCAGGCCUCAGCACCAGUAAAGCCAACUACAAAGUCACUAUCUCCUCUGUUACUAACCCAGAGAGGAAAUUUGUGCCUUCAGUAUCGGUGUCAUCAGUGCCUUCUGUGUCUGGGAGCCCGUCUGCUAUGGAGAUGAGAUUGUCCCAGAAGCAGCAGCAGCAACAGCAGCACAGCCCCCACCUUAGUCCUAGUAGCCACACCCCCACCCUUUCCUCCAGCCCUAGCCAGCAGCCUUUACACCACUCUACAACCAUCACCAGUGGACUUAAAUGGGGUGAGGAAGAUGUGCCUCCCAGACCUCCUCUACCUCAGCUCUACAGUCCUGAUGAGCACCCCCCUGCUGUGCCCCCGCUGCCCCGGGAGACAACGGUCAUCAGACACACUUCUGUACGUGGCCUCAAACGACAGUCAGAUGAACGCAAAAGGGACAGAGAGAUUGGCCAGUACACUAAUGGAGACAGUAAGGUGGAACUUAGGCCUUUUCUGAGCAAUCCAGAGCUUAUGGGGGCUGGAGACGGCUCCAGCCACAUCAGUAUUGGAGCAUCCGGACAUGAUGGAGGUUAUCAGACGUUACCCAGCAGAGGAGUGGCUGGAUCCUCACUUAGACUAAAUCAGUCUUCAAGCAUUUCCUCAUAUGUGACCAUCCGAAGAGCAGCCUCAGCUGUCGGCAUGAAGGAGAGACCAAAAAGUGCCUUAGAGCGUCUGUACUCUGGGGAGCCGGCACAGCAGCAGAGGGGGAAGAUGAGUGCUGAUGAGCAGCUGGAGAGGAUGAAGAGGCACCAGAAGGCCCUCGUCCGCCAGCGCAAACGCACCCUGAGUCACGGAGACCGACACGCCUCUUCAACGUCACGCACCUCGUCUUCGUCCUCAUCCUCGCGCCCACUUUCUGCAGACAUGGGAUCAGUAUGUUACUAGAACAGUAUCACACAUCACACUCUCAAGCAUGAC